UUUCGGUAAUCUGAAUUAAUGUUUCUGUUUCAAGAACAAGGAAGUGGGCUUUCUAUGUUUCAUCUUAUGCCACAAGAUAUUUUCUCUUGGCCCAAAUCAAACAAAGUUUUUUUUUUAAAGUCCUAUCUUAUUCAUUCAUGUCCACACCUAUUGAUCCAAGGAGUAUAAAAGCUUAGAUCAUUUAGCAAAACAGGGUGGAGAAUCAUCUGAAGAAGAACAGAGCAGAGAUGGAGAGAACAGUUGCUUUGCUCAGUCUUUUGAUAACAUUCAACCUCUUGAUGGUAUCUGAAUCUUACGUGAAAGAUCAUGAUGAUGAUGAUGACGAUGAUUUCUUUGAAGAGCUGAUUGAUAGAGAAUUUUUCAACAGCAUUAUUGAAGCCAAGCAGAAGGUGGAUCAGGCAUUUAUAUUAUCCCGGGAAAAACUAAAAGUAAGUUUGAAGAAGGAUGAUCUCCACCCUUCUGAUUUUCUGAAAUAUUUAAAAACACCCGUGGCAGGAACUAGGACUGCAAUCCGAUCUGCAAGUUAUAUGGAAACUGCUUUGAAUCUCUUAAAGAAGAAAAUACAAAAUAAGCACCUGGGACCAUUGAAUGUUACAGAUAUAUUAAGCAAACAGCAGAAAGAGACACUCUCCAGAAAAACUGGCUGCGAUUAUGUGAUCCAGCCAAUCCGUUGUCCACUGUACAGCCCUUACCGGACCAUUACUGGUGAAUGUAACAAUCGGGAGCACCCACAUUUUGGAGUAGCCAAUCAUGCCUACGCACGCUGGCUUCCAGCAGAAUAUGAAGAUGGCAUAUCCCUUCCAAGAGGACUAAUUGCGGGACAACUUUAUCAUGGACAUCCUCUCCCUCUGGUACGGCUAGUGUCUAAUGAGAUCAUCACAACUUCCAAUGAGAAUGUGACUCCUGAUGACCAACGCUCUCUUGCAUUCAUGCAUUUUGGGCAAUGGAUUGACCAUAACUUGGACUUAGCUCCUGAGAGCCCAGCCAACAUAGAUAAUGUCCACUGUGAUUCUUGUUGCAAUUAUGCACCCCCUGACUUUCCAAUUAAGAUCCCCCCUGGAGAUCCACGGAUUAAGACUCCGGGCAUCUGUCUGCCGUUUGUUAGGACAGCUGCAGCGUGCAACCCCACAACAUUUGUCCGUGAGCAGCUCAAUGCAAUCACCUCAUUCAUGGAUGCCAGUGCUGUGUAUGGGAGUCAAGAGCAACUAGCAAGGAGUUUGAGGAACCAAACCAACUCACUUGGUCUCAUGGCAAUCAAUCAGAACUUCACCGAUGCCGGACUGUCCUUUCUGCCUUUUGAGAUCAACUCCAAUAGCCUCUGUCUUCAUACAAAUAAAACUGCCAAAAUCCCAUGUUUUAAAGCAGGCGAUGCAAGGGUCGAUGAAAACCUGGGACUGAUAGCUAUUCACACUCUCUUUCUUCGGGAGCACAACCGGAUAGCCGGGGAACUGAAGAAGUUGAAUCCCCAUUGGAAUGGAGAGAGACUCUAUCAAGAAACACGGAAGAUCAUUGGUGCUUUAAAUCAGAUAUUCACAUACAGAGAUUACCUACCUCUACUUCUGGGCAACGAAUUCUAUAAACGGUUACCUGCGUAUAGAGGCUACAAUAAGAAUGUGGACCCCUCCAUCUCAAACGUUUUCUCCUUGGCCUUCCGAUUUGGGCAUGGUACUGUCCCACCCUUUGUACCCCGCCUGGAUGAGAAAUUCCAGAACUCUCUUCCCUUUUCCAAGACUCCACUUCAUCUCACUUUUAUGGCUCCAUGGAGGAUUGUGGCGGAAGGUGGCAUUGAUCCCAUUGUCCGUGGCUUUAUGGCAGACUAUGCCAAGCUGAUGAGGCAGGACCAGAUGAUGGUUGAGGAGCUUCAGGAACGGCUCUUUGAACAAUUGCACUAUAUUGGUCUUGAUCUAUCAGCUCUGAACCUGCAGAGGGGUCGAGACCAUGGUUUGCCAGGGUACAAUGCCUGGAGACGUUUUUGUGGCCUCUCUGCUCCCAGCAACGAAGCCCAGCUUGCUGUAGUCCUUCGCAAUCGUAAACUGGCAAAGCAGUUCAUCAAGCUUUAUGGAACACCUGAAAAUAUUGACAUCUGGAUUGGAGCCAUGGCUGAGCCCUUUGUCCCAAACGGGAGAGUGGGACCUCUCAUGGCCUGUCUCAUCGGAACUCAGUUUAGAAAACUCAGAGAUGGAGACAGAUAUUGGUGGGAGAACCGUGGAGUCUUUACCUCAUGGCAGCGCCGUGCUCUGAGAAGUGAUUCAUUUUCCCGAGUCAUUUGUGACAACACACACAUCAAAGAAGUGUCCAGAGAAAUUUUCCGAAUGAACCGCUAUCCAAGAGAUUUUGUGAGCUGCUACAAAAUCGAAAGUUUGGAUUUGUCAGCUUGGAAAGAAUAGACUCGAAACCAGAGCAGAAGGAUGAGACAGGAAGUGUGGGAUAGGACUUUGAGUCUGCAUGGAGGACCUGGAACCCGGCUGACUGUAGCCCCUUUCUCUCAUACUCUAAAACAGUGUUUCUCAACCUUGGCCGCUGGACGAUGUGAAUUCUGGGAGUUGAAGUCCACACAUCGUCCAGCGGCCAAGGUUGAGAAACACUGCUCUAAAACAUGAAACAGAAUGAUGCUAACCAGCUUCCACUGUCAAGGACAGGUCAUUUUAGUACUAUAAACUGGGUGCUGGGAAUCAAAUAAAAUGGGGCAAUUAACAGACCCUAUAAGUAAAUACAUAAUGAAAUUGAGGCCUCCCUGUACAAUAUUGCAUAAUUGUUAGAAUCCUGACUCAUUUCCCCAACUACUGCAUUUUCCUGAAGUGAAAAAUAUUUGGACCAGUUGUACUGAGUAUUUCCAGAUGGGAGCGGGGUGGGGGCCCCAAAAGGUCAGGAUAACCAUGCAGCCAAAGCCCUGUAUCUUUUUUUUAAUACAUCAAGUGUGCAAAAUUCUCAGCCCAACUCACCUCACAAGGAUGUUGUUAUGGGCAAAAUAGGAAGAGGAAGUGUGUUGGAUAUGUUCACCACCUUAUUUGUAAGAGUAAUAAAGGCAGGGAGUUAAAUAAAUAAAAUAUGUAAGAAAAAGGUGAGGUUUUGACCACACAGUUGUAGGUGUCCUCUUGACUUUUUUGACCUCCUCCCCCAAGGAUGUCUUGUUAGGAGACUUUUAUAGAGAGUUAGUGCCUUAACUGAGCACUAUUAUGUUGUUGUCCAUCAACUUUCCCACAGGAGAGGAACCUUCAACAUAACUAAGUUUGUACUGGACAAGCUGAUUCAAUCUGAAAUACAUGCUACAUCCUAUAGGGUUCUACAGACCAAAACUAGCACUUUGAUUUGUAGUCAGAACCUAUUGGGAACUAUUGCAGAGUCAGUACUGAUGUUAUGUGUGAAUAGCGGCUUUCAUCUGCCAACAAACAGGUUACUUCAUUUUGCAACAACAGCUAUUUUUGAGUAGUCUUCAAUGAUAGCACCAUGUAAAGGGCAUUCCAGUAAUCUAAUCACUAUCUUGAGCUUCUGCUCCACAAAGCUAUUUUGUUAGCCAACAAUGAAAACUCAAACUUUGAAUCAGAUGCAUUGUGUUAACUUUGACCCUUAAGAACAAUCUGAAUCAGGAGUAGAUAUUUUCAUUCUCUUUAGAAUAAGCUUUUUAAUGGGGCUCUGAAAAAUUUAUAGACACGAAGCUGGAUUUAAACACUUCUCUACAGUUAUGAACACAAAGAACUGGCAUUGGUUGGGCAUCUUAGCACUGUCACUUAUAAACUCUGGGUGUCGGUCAGUGGUGAGUUUCAAAAUUUUUUACUACCUGUUCUGUGGGUGUGGCUUGGUGGGUGUGGCAUGGCUUGGUGGGCGUGGCUUGGUGGGCGUGGCAGGGGAAGGUUAUUGCAAAAUCCGCAUUUCUUCCCAAUCAGCUAGGAAUUGUGAGGCAGAGAAUAGAGGGGGACGGGGCCAGUCAGAAUUUUUACUACCGGUUUUCCGAACUACUCAAAAUUUCCACUACUGGUUCUCCAGAACUGGUCAGAACCUGCUAGAACCCACCUCUGUUGUGGGUGUGGGCAUAUAAUGUAUAUGGAUUAACACCUGUUGCUUAAAAUCAGUUUUGUAUUCUAAUAAUUGCUUAGGCAAAGCUGGAAGAAAGAUCUGAUUAUUUUUAAAGCGAAUUGUUGAUAGGAUUGCAUCAUUAAUAAAAAUGGAUGGAUACAAA